AUGAUCUUACGUUUUAGAACGAUCAGCAUGGACAAGCUGCGCCAGCAAAUCGAUACGAUCGUUCGGUUUCUCGAUUCAUCAUCGCGUUUCAUCAACUGCCACAUGGUAGACUAUCUGACGGAGCAGCACUGGAGCAACCACGUUCCCCGGGCGAUCCAGAGGGAGCUGACCACGGUGCAAGACUAUCUGCGGGCGAAAGAUACGUUCUGGGGUCAGUUCGAACAGACCACCGGUGAUGGGGCGCCGAAACUGUCCGCAGUCAGUGCGUUCAUCGAGGAGACGCGAAAGUAUCGGUUCGAAGGUGCUGAAAUCCAAGGCACGGCACUGUCGCUGACGGAGUUCAACGAAGGAUUGCUGGAUGUGCGAAAGGAGACCCGACUGAAGCUGACGGAACUGAUGAACGUUAAGAAGCGCCACGAAGUGGAGAUUGCGGCCGCCGUGGUGGCAUCCCUGUGCACGGCCGUUGCCUCUGGUGGCAGCCCGGAGGAUGUGAUCGUCAUUGAUGCCGGCGAUGGGAAGGGCUAUCUUUCGUCCCGCAUUGCCCUCGAGCAUGGACUCAAGGUGCUGGGUGUGGACUGCAACGAAGAGAACACAAGCAGCGCCGAGAAACGCCGCGACCGAUUGAAGAAAAAGAUCCCGAAAGCGGUCAAAAAGUCAAACCUCGAGGAGGAUAAACAUUUCUCCGAACUGAUCAAGGACGAUGGACGAUUGGAAACGCUCUACCGAACCACGACACGGCUGAUCGAUUUCGGGACGAACCUCGCUGAGCUGGCGGGCCAGCACUUUGCCGGAGUCGGAAGCUUCAGUUCUUUUGCGCUGGCUGGGCUACACACGUGCGGUAAUCUGGGGCCAAACUGCCUCCGUCUUUUCGACCAGAACCCAGCGUUCAAGGCCGUUUGCAACGUUGGCUGCUGCUACCACCUGAUGAAGGAAGAGUUCGUUUCGGAUGAUCUCGAUAACCCCAUCAAUAUGAGCGACAACUCGGGGUACGGGUUUCCAAUGAGUGCGCACUUACGAGCGCAUGGGUUCGCUCUCGGACGCAAUGCACGCAAUUUGGCGUCCGAGUCGAUCGAGCGGGCGUGCCGGAAUCGGGAGAACCCCAGCGACAAGCUGGGCUACCGGGCAUUGCUGCAGAUCGUGUUGUUGCAGUACGGACAGAAAACGUCCCUGCAAGUCGGACGGCUGAAGAGCUGUGGGCUGAUUGAUUACGUUCGCAAAGCGGUUCGCCGUUUGGGGCUACAGGAGCAGGUGACGAUAACGGACGAGAAGCUGCUGGAGCUGGAAACUCUGUUCCGGUGCGAGUUGGAGCAGCUGAAGGUGUUCUAUCUCAUACGGCAACAGUUUGCGCCCGUGAUCGAGACACUGAUCCUUCUCGAUCGUUUGCUAUUCCUCCGGGAAUGUGGGUACGAGCGGAGCUAUCUGGUGAAGCUUUUCGAGCCAGUCGUGUCUCCGCGUUGUUAUGCCUUGAUAGCACUGAAAUAA